GUGUAGGGAAUACGGUGAAUGUGGGUGGCUUUCACUGUAGUUUUAGCAUUUCUGUCGAAGCUAGCUAGCUGGGUAGCUAACAAAAUGCAGUUGCAGCGAACACGUGGAUUACUACUUAACUAACGAAUUUAAUCAAACGUUAUUGAAUGCAGGAGUGAGAUUAAUACGUUAUUUAAACACUUAACACUUUCAAGCGCUUAGCCACACUGCAACCUAGCUUGAUAGCUGCCUAUGUCGUUCAAUGCCCUAUAUGUUUUGCUAGGUAGCUAACGUUUCCGAGCUUGCUAGAGUAAAAAAAAAAAAAAGAUCACGUUAAUUUAAAUGCUCAUCGACGAUCUUGUGGCACAGUGGCAAUUAUAACAUCAGAUGGGAGAAUGAUUGUGGGCACGUUGAAAGGAUUUGAUCAGACCAUCAACCUGAUUCUCGACGAAAGCCACGAGAGGGUAUUCAGUUCCACACAGGGAGUAGAGCAGGUCGUCCUGGGGCUAUACAUCGUCAGAGGAGACAACGUAGCUGUCAUUGGAGAAAUAGACGAGGAGACGGAUUCAGCUUUGGAUUUGGGAAACAUUCGGGCGGAACCUCUGAACUCUGUUGUCCACUGACGAGUUUAUGGAAACCUCUCCGCACAGGAACCUUCAGUAACACCUUACUUGAACUCCCGCCAUAAGGCAGACAUUGCACUGUCAUACACAGGAAAUAACCGGGGUCACAACAUGGCAUAACAGAUAUACCGUAUAAAAAUGUACUGAUCCAAGUAUGACAAUUUUAUGUCAUUAGACAAGCCUUAUGCCGUCUUAUGACAGCCGUAUGUCAUGUGUAUGAGUGUCAUGUCAGCCUUGUGGUGAGGGGUUGAAGUAAUGUGUUACCGAACCUUCACACCUCACUAACCAACCAUGAUGUCCCUGGCACCUCACACUGCUGACAGCAGUGUGAUGCUCCAGGAAUCCUCCAGUUUAGUUUGAGUGGUGUUCUGUAAUCUUAAAGGACUUCACCUGUUAGUACUUCUGUGUUGUUUUGAGGGAUUAUUCAUAUUUGAAUUUAAAUGUAUUAUGUUCUAUUAUACGCUGUAAAAUAUUGUUCUAAUCAUCAGGGUAUGAUAUCAAUUUGAUAUAUCAUUUUGUAAAAAUUCUUGGAGGUCAGUAGGGACAGUUUGGUAUCCUAAUAUUACUUAUGUUGAAAUAAAAAAUGAUGUUCUUAA